UGCUUAUCUGUGAGAUAUAUUCCAACUCACUUGUUCGAUUCAUUUCCUGGUUUAGCCAGAACUCGACGUCUGCUCCCAACAUCCAUUUUGACAUUUUUUAGAGUAGGCGUCAACGUAUAGUUGGUUUGUGAAAAUUUGGAGUAAAACCCGACCUAUGUGUGAUUUCAUUUAACUCUGUAUAAAGUAAACAAAUGUACUAGCACAAAUCCCGUUAAAAGUGCCGGGCAUUUCUAAAAAAAAAAUUAUGGAUAUGUGAACACGUUUUCUUUUCUAAAAAAAAAAACAACAACUUAGAAAUUGUGAUAUACUUUGUUUAAAUUUAGAACUUCUUCCAAUAGUUUUAAAUUUUACUAUAUUUUUUCAAAAAGAAUGUCGGUGAACAAAGUGUUAAUUUGUUGAAAAAUUGAAAGUUAUUGAACUUUUCUAAGUGUUUUUAAAUUUUAUUCUAAAACUGUGUCAAUAAAAUCAGACUUAUCCCAAGAUGGCGUCUUGUUCAUUAGUGUGUGGCUUGAUUUUACUUCUGCUAACAAAUUUGGUACUGAUUGUGGCCUUCGUAUCGCCCUACUGGGCGGUCAAUGAAAAUAAUGAUCAUCAAGGAUUAUGGGCCUUUUGCAAUGGCGACCAUGGUUGUUUUUGGGUCUUCCAAGAUGGAUACAAAAAUAAAGAAAAAAUAAUUACAAUUGAUAAUGGUUGGUUUGUGGCAACCUUGGGGUUGUCCAGCGUCGGGGUGGGGUUGGCACUGAUGUCCUUCAUCAUGGCGACGGUUGACCUGUGCUGCGAGUGCAGGAGUUGUAACGCAAGUCACGCCAUUGGAGGGUUGCUUCUUCUGACAUUUUUAAACCUAGGCGUCGCCACUGCUGUAUUUGGUAUCUGUGGUCACAGGUUCUCGGAGCUUGGCGUGGGGACACAUAAGAGCUUCGGCUGGUGCUUCUGGAUGAACCUAGGAGGCGCUGGGCUGUCUCUUCUCACUGGGUUUUGUUACGUGAUCGCUGGGCGAGAGCGUUAUUACUGACAGGCGUGCUAGCGUCUUGACCAGCGCGAGGCUGAUUUUCAUCAAGUGAAAGCACUCGUGUCAACUAAUUGUAUUUCUUUUUAAAUUACAAAUGUGUUUUAUUAAACAAUGAAUAAAAAAUAUGA